GGCUAAAGCGUCAUUGACGAGUGCCGGCGCUGCCUUCCCCGGGACUGCUCUCUUCUGGGCACGGGGAGCAUUAGAGGGUCUACUGGGACGGCGGCAAUCAGACGGGCGGGUGAUGCUGAACCAGUGCUUGAAGAGGGUGGUGAGCCGCUUAACAAGGGCAGGCCCUCCGCAGAAGGCGGCGCUGACGGGGCAAGUGAUCGGUCUUGGACGAGCGGCGGUCGUUGGAUCUAUUCUGGGUGCAUUCAAGUUCCGGGAAGGACAGGCGAGGCAGAUGGCUUCGAACGUUGAACCUCCUCCAAAGCACUUGCCGGCGCAGAAGCAGGAGGCGCAACCAGGAGUGGAACACGUCAUGACGCCGCGGCCGCGUGCGGAGCGGCCGGGAUACCAACCUGGCAACAAGCUGGAAGGCAAGGUGGCGCUAAUUACCGGCGGCGACUCGGGAAUCGGUCGUGCGGUCGUCCAUCAGUUCGCGCUGGAGGGGAUGAAGGGCAUAGCCUUCACGUACUUGAGUCCGCGAGAGGACAAGGACGCACAAGAGACGGUGGAGAUUGCCGAGAAGGCCUUCUCGCAGCGCCAGCAGGCGGCGACCGGUAGCAAGGAUCCGGGGAACGGCGGGAAGUGCAUCAAAAUUCCGGCGGAGCUGGGCGCCGACGAGAACUGCAAGAAAGUCGUCGACGAGGUGGUCAAAGCUUUCGGCAAGAUCGAUGUUCUGGUUAACAACGCAGCGGAGCAGCAUUACCACGACAGCCUGGAGGAGAUCACGCCUGAAGAGUGGGAGCGGACCUUCCGCACUAACAUCCACUCCUACUUCUACCUUACGAGGCAUGCGCUGCCGCAUAUCCCUGAGGGGGGAUCAAUCAUAAACACCACCUCUGUUAAUGCGUAUAAAGGUCACCCCACGCUCAUACCGUACACGGCAACGAAAGGCGCUAUUGUAGGGUUUACGCGGUCGUUGGCCAUGUCCCUUGUGUCGAAGGGAAUCCGGGUGAACGGGGUAGCGCCGGGACCUGUCUGGACACCGCUGAUUCCGUCGUCAGCUCCGGAACCGAAGAAGGUGGAAGGCUUCGGCGAGAACGCGCCAAUGGGACGAGUAGGCCACCCAGACGAGAUUGCUCCUUCUUACGUCUUUCUGGCGUCGGAAAUCGAUUCUUCAUACAUUACUGGCCAAGUCUUGCACCCCAACGGCGGCUACGUUCUCAACACCUAGGUAGGUGGGUUUGAUAAGCAACGAGAUCAUGGAUGGUGUCGAAUUGGGAACGAACGAACAGGAAGUAAUAGAUUGUGCCGUGAGAUGCAUCGCUGCAGAGCGAGCCGGUGAUACAAGAACUGCCUGCUCUUCUCGACUACGUUCUUCGCGUUGUGGUUGUUGUCGUCGUCCUCGUCGUCAAAUCGCAUGGAUCAGAGGUAUUAUAGGUAAUCUGUUCCUGAGAGGAGCUUACACAGGAUUGGAAGGGGUAUGAUAACGGUCCCCGACCAGAGUGUGGAUGUAACAUACGGCAAAACGGAGUUGUGAAAAGGGAGGUAAUAGAGCCACCUCUUGAAGUGGCACGUGUCUUUAGUGUGCAUUAGUCAGGUACUGUGCCUCCCUUCAUUGGGAGGGUCCGUGAGUGGGUGGUACUUCCGGUAAUGAAACGUGUCUUGAGUGUACAUUAGCAGGGAUUCUCUAUGAUUGGGAGGGUGCACGAGUUCGUCGUGUUGUUGUUGUUGUCGUCGUCGUCGUCGUCCCAUGCAAAUGGCGCAGUCACUUCAAGAUUUUUUCCGGAGAGGAGCGUACACGUUGUGAGGGUCUUCCACUUCAGAGCGUAUGUGACGCCCUGUGGGUAAUAGGUGUAUGUGACGCCCUGUGGGUAAUAGGAGUAACGGAGAAUUAGAGUUUUUUUGUGGGAAUGAUACCUGUCCCUUGAUUGAGAGGCAACGUGUAUCGUUGUGACUGAUAAAAACAAUCUUGUAUCGUGGAUCGUGACGUUGUAUUGUGUGACUACCGUGAGGGAUGCGUAGCAUGGAUAUUGGAACUAUAGGGAUGUCCAGGAAAGAGGGAUGGAUUAGCAUUCUUGUGCCCUGUGUGUGUUAAGUACACCGGUCUGAAUACGGAAAGCAUGUGUGACAUGUGUACCAUGUGUGACAUUUGUACCAAAUCGGUGUGUUCCUGAAUCAGUGUGUAGACUUUUUGGGUGGUCCUAUCUCCGCCCAGAUCACUCAAGAAAGUUUAUGCUCUCCCAAUUCAUGAGCAUACAGCGACGUCCUUGAGGGUAUUUGGAGAAGUCGCCUCCGACGGAUUGUACCUUCGCUGUGUGUAAGGAUGAGCACGGCUUGGCGUUGAGUGGGAAGACGUUUCUUUGUCGGUGAUUGCGUGCUUUUCGUUCUUUUUCUUGCGUGCGAAGACAUGGCCUUGUGAUCGGUUGUCGAUUGCGCGUGUGUCCUCUCUGCUUGUUUGUCGUUAGUGUGUCUCGUCCUCUUCGUCUUCUGCUCCUUUCAGUUUGGUAUUGCUGAUAUGUUGUGAUGGCUGGGGGAAAAGCGGGAGCAGAUCACCUCUCUCCUCAGCAGGAAAUGAAACGCGGCGGUUAUAUUGUGUGAACCGGCUGCGGUGGUGUCGAGGUUUGUCUCCUGCUUGCCCUCCGUUACCCGUUACCCGCUACAAUGUGAGUGCUGACUUGUUAUUGCUGCCGUUGUGAGUGCCGAUCCAGAGGAGUGUCUGGUCAUGAAGCCGGUGUGAACGCUUGAAGGAGAUGGUAGAGAUGGGUGAGAGUCUUAUUACGCGUCCUGAAAUCGUUUUCACUGGAUCAGAGCGGGGGCCCACUAUCUCGGCCAGACUGAAGGCAGCAACAAAGGCAGCUAGAGUGA